AUGAUGGAGGGGAGAUCAAAAGCUUCGUCGUCGCCUUUACUAAAUUUUCAGAGCUCUCACCAAAACCCAAAUUCCGCCAUUGUUACACACCUCCGAUUUCCUUCUCUACUUCUUCAACCAUCCGCCAAUCUCUUCGCAUUCACACACAGUUCUUCUCUCUUUGCAUUUUUGACGUUGCGUUGCGUUUCGAUUCGUUUCGGUUCGAGGAUUUCUCUUGCCUGCCUGCAACUCGUAUACGGAAUGUGCUUGAAGUGAGUAAAUAAAUAGUGUUGUACUGUUGCUGUGCGGCUAUAUGAUUGUUCUUUUGUCUCCUGUGAGACAAUUCAGUCCUUCAUAGAAGUUCACAUCUUAGAUGGAAAAAUCAAAUGUGCUGAAGGAUGAGCUUUGAACUAUGGUUCAUGUGGUCAUGGGAUAAUUGACUUUUACUGCAAAGAUCUGGAGAAGGAAUGUUAUCCAAUACACAAGCUGAAGUGGAAUACCUUCAUCAAGAUUUUGAGGCUUUGAGCAUGUCGAAACGGCUCAUGAGAAGCAUGAGCCAGAAAUUGAGGAAGAAGAAUCACAAAGGUGUGGUGGCGGAGGAAGAGGAUGUUUCAAAGGGAAUAUCUUUGAGAUGUCUUACAUUAUAUGGUAGAGGUGGAGGUUGCAAAGUAGGUGCUGACACUGGUGAGGAAAUCGGUGACCCAGGCAGUAGAAGGAGAUCGAGUGCCAGUGAGGAAGGUAAGGGAUACAAAUCAUUAUUUAGUACUGAAGAAAACAGUGUGGAUUGCUUCUCUUAUGGUGUAAAGGAGAGAUUUCGUAAGAAACAGAGCCCAAAGCAUUCUGAACUUCGGGACUCUAUGAAGAACAGCGAAGUACAUAUUUUCUUUCCAGAUGACAUUCUGGAAAUGUGCUUGAUGAGGCUCCCACUUACAAGUCUCAUGAAUGCUCGCCUUGUAUGCAAGAAAUGGAGAUACUUGACCAGCACUCGUCGGUUUUUACAGAUGAGACGUGAAUGUUUAUUUCAGAGUCCAUGGAUAUUCUUAUUUGGUGCCGUUAAAGAUGGCUAUUGCUCUGGUGAGAUACAUGCACUAGAUGUAUCCCUAAAGCAAUGGCAUAGAAUAGAUGCUGGUAUUCUUAGGGGAAGAUUUAUGUUCUCUAUAGCUAGUAUGCAGGAUGAUAUAUACAUCGUUGGUGGAUGUUCUAGCUUGACCAACUUUGGGAAAGUGGAUAAGAGCUCAUUCAAGACUCAUAAAGGGGUCUUAGUGUUUAGUCCUUUAACUAAAUCUUGGCGCAAAAUUGCAUCUAUGAAGUAUGCCAGAUCAAUGCCUAUAUUGGGAACUUCUGAGGUCAAUUCAGAUUUUUCAACAGUUCAGAGCCAUCAUAAUCGGCAAGAUAGACGUUAUUUGAGAUCACGUGCUGGUGGUUCAUUGGAUGUUUACGAGGAUCCACACAGGCUCUCACUAAGACGACAAGUGAGAAAUGCUGGGGAAGACAAUGAGGUUGUGUUGUCUAGUAGGAAGUCAUAUAAGUUCAUUCGACAAAAGAGUGAUCAGUCUCGUGCAAAAGGAUAUCGCAGAUUUGUGAUUAUUGCUAUAGGGGGUCUAGGAUCUUGGGAUGAGCCAUUAGAUUCAGGGGAGAUUUAUGAUUCCUCAUCAAAUAAAUGGACAGAGAUCCAGAGGCUCCCUCUAGAUUUCGGUAUUUUAUGUUCUGGGGUUGUUUGCAAUGGGAUUUUCUAUGUUUAUUCUGAGACAGACAGACUCGCAGGUUAUGACAUCGAAAGAGGCUUCUGGAUUGGGAUCCAGACAUCUCCAUUCCCGCCUCGUGUUCAUGAGUACUACCCCAAACUCGCAUCCUCUAACGGCCGGCUAUUCAUGCUCUCUGUCUCCUGGUGUGAAGGGGAUGGACAGAUAGGGCAGAGAAACAAGGCUGUCAGGAAACUGUGGGAGUUAGAUCUUGUGUACCUCGGCUGGGCAGAGGUCUCAGUGCAUCCCGAUGCUCCAAUGGACUGGAAUGCUGCAUUUGUUUCCGAUAGAAACCUGAUAUUUGGGAUUGAAAUGUUCAAAAUCUUUGGCCAGGUACUCGACUUCUUGACAGUGUGCGAUAUCUCCAAUGCAGGACCGGCCUGGAAUCACAUUUCAAGAACUCGUGUAACCCAUGAAAUGGAUGCUUCCUCCUGCUUGACUAAAUCAAUGGCAGUCCUGCAUCUCUAAGGUCCUUUUCUUUCUAACUGCCUUACGCUUGAAGAAAUCUGAGAUAAAACUUCUUCCCAUGUUGAAGAUAAGUGAUGCAAUGCACAUGAAUUUCAUAUGUUGUAUCAAAUUUUUUUUUUAGAUGCGAUCAAUUCAUCAUCUUAGUUUCUUCAUCAGACAUACAGGGCUACAUAUUUCACCCUACUGUGUAGUUUUCUGUCAAAUUCUCUUUCUUUAUCGUAAUUGAUUUUAUAUCUCAAGUAAAUUUGGUAUUGUUUCAUGAUAUUUCAAGGAACAUAUAUAUUUUACCAGAAUAAACUAGUGCCUAUGGUCGAUGUUCCCUGUU